AACAUUAACAUUAACAUUAACAUGUAUCCUCCUCCUCAUUCUCUGACCUCCUUGUCCUCAAGGUCUCUUACUUUUUCCCACCAACAAUAAUAAUAAUUCCUUCUCCAUUCUCUCUCUGCAACCCUGGAAUUGUGAUCCAAAUGGCUCCAAUUCCUUCAGAAAACGGUAUCGAUGGAGACGAUGAGAGAGAAGAAGAAGAAGACGACGAUUUAUCAGAAGAAGAACAACAACAGGAAGAAGAAGAAGAUGAGCCGAAGCUCAAGUAUCAGAGAAUGGGAGGAAGCUUAUCUUCUUUGUUGUCCACUGAUGCCGCUACUUGUAUUGCUGUUUCCGACCGUAUGAUCGCGCUUGGUACUCACUGCGGUUACGUUCAUCUUCUCGAUUUUCUCGGCAAUCAGGUGAAGGAAUUCCAUGCGCACAAGGCUGCUGUAAAUGACCUUAGCUUUGACAUAGAUGGUGAAUUUAUAGGGAGUUGCUCUGAUGAUGGCUCAGUUGUUAUAAAUAGUCUCUUUACUGAUGAAAAACGCAAAUUUGAAUACCAUAGACCAAUGAAGGCAAUAGCUCUUGAUCCUGAUUAUGCAAGAAAAUCAUUAAGAAGAUUUGUGGCUGGUGGAUUAGCUGGUCAACUGAUAUUUUACACCAAGAAGUGGUUUGGAUAUCAAGAGCAGGUGUUGCACUCCGGUGAGGGUCCAAUACAUGCUGUGACAUGGAGGACCAAUCUCAUUGCUUGGGCGAAUGAUGCAGGCGUGAAGGUGUAUGACGCUGCCAAUGAUCAACGUGUGACUUUUAUUGAGCGACCGCGAGGAAGUCCACAUCCUGAGCUCUUGCUCCCGCACUUGUUCUGGCAGGAUGAUUCACUUCUGAUUAUUGGCUGGGGCACAUCUGUAAAGAUCGCUUCUUUAAGGGGCAAUCAACAUGGAGGAGCUAAUGGCUUGUCUAAGCCUGUUCCUAUACCAAGUGUGAGCCAGGUGGAUAUUGUUGCAUCUUUCCAGACGAACUAUUAUAUUUCAGGCAUUGCUCCAUUUGGUGAUUCGUUGGCUAUAUUAGCCUAUAUCCCUGGAGAGGAAGAUGGAGAGAAGGACUUUAGUAAUACAGCACCUCCUCGGCAGGCUAAUGCACAAAGACCAGAAGUACGCAUUGUUUCAUGGACCAAUGAUGAGCUGGCAACCGACGCAUUACCUGUUCAUGGUUUUGAACAUUAUAAAGCAAAAGACUAUUGCCUUUCCCACACUCCCCUCUCAGGGAACAACUACAGUAAUGGCCGAUGGGCAGCAGGUGAUGAGCCACUAUACUAUGUUGUAUCUCCAAAGGACAUAGUAAUUGCAAAGCCGAGGGAUGCUGAAGAUCACAUCAAUUGGCUUCUUGAACAUGGAUGGUAUGACAAAGCUCUAGUCGAACUUGAAGCAACACAAGGACGGAAGGAACUCUUUGAAGAGGUGGGAUCAAGGUAUCUUGAACAUUUACUUGCUGAGAAAAGAUAUGGUGAAGCUGCAGCUUUGUGUCCAAAAUUGCUGCGGGGGUCUGCCUCCGCAUGGGAAAGAUGGAUUAUACGCUUUGCUCAGCUUCGUCAGCUGCCAGUAUUAGCUCGUUGCAUGCCAACUGAAAACCCUAAACUCAGUGAUACUUUAUAUGAGCUUGCCCUUGUAGCUCUUGCAAUGAAUCCUGCAUACCACAAGGAUUUCUUAUCCGCUGUGAAGUCUUGGCCACGGUCAAUUUACUCUGUCCCUACUGUCUUGUCAGAGAUCGAGCCCCAGCUUAGAGCCUCUUUGAUGACUGACGAUUUGAAAGAGGCACUGGCAGAGUUAUAUGUGAGAACUGGGCAAAAUGAGAAAGCGUUUUCAUUCUUUGCUGAUCUUUUGAAACCAGAUGUUUUUGACUUCAUUGAGAGGCAUAAUCUGCAUGCCGCUGUUCGUGAAAAGGUUGUUCCACUGAUGAUGCUUGACACAAAACGUGCAACAUCCUUGUUGAUUCAGCAAAAGGAUCUGAUCACUCCAGCUGAAGUAGUGCCGCAGCUUCUAAAAGCUGGGGACAAAUGUGAUUUUAGAUACUUUUUGUAUCUGUAUUUGCAUGCUCUUUUUGAGGCCAGUCCUCAUGCAGGAAGGGAUUUCCAUGAUAUGCAGGUGGAGCUAUAUGCAGAUUAUGAUUCAAAAAUGCUACUUCCUUUCCUCCGUAGCAGUCAGCAUUACACGCUGGAGAAGGCAUAUGAACUUUGCAUGAGAAAAGGUCUACUAAAAGAGCAAGCAUUCAUUCUUGGAAGAAUGGGAAAUACGAAACAAGCCCUUGCUGUUAUCAUAAAUGAAUUAGGUGAUAUGGAAGAGGCUUUAGAAUUUGCUAGCUUGCAGAAUGAUGAUGAAGUUUGGGAAGAAUUGAUCAAACAAGCUACCCAGAGGCCUGAGAUGGUGGGGAUGUUGCUGGAGCAUACUGUUGGCAACCUAGAUCCUCUUCAUAUUGUUAAUGUUGUGCCUGAUGGACUGGAGAUACCUAGGCUUAGGGAUCGUUUGGUCAAGAUUGUUACCGACUACCGAACAGAAACUUCACUGAGACAUGGUUGUAACGCUAUUUUAAAGGCCGAUAUUGUCAAUCUUUUGGUAAAAUACUACAAAGAAGCAAGGCAUGCGAUUUGUUUAAGCAACGAAGAGGAUGAAGCUAGAACUAAGAGAGAUGAUAAGAGGACAGUGGAGUCCCUAACGAAAGCACCAAGUUUAAGAAAUAUGGAUUUGAAGUCCAAGACUAAGGCAGGAGGCAGAUGCUGCAUAUGUUUUGAUCCAUUCUCCAUCCAAAAUGUCUCGGUUGUCAUUUUCUUUUGUUGUCAUGCAUAUCACUUGACUUGUUACACAGAUUCACUCAGUACAUUUAGUGAUGAGAAAGAAACUCGAGACGGUUCUCUUGAUUCAGAGUAUGACGAAUAUAAUGAAGAAGAGAAUGGUGAAAAUGAAUCAGAUUCCUCUCGAAUGCGGUGUAUUUUAUGUACUAAUGCAGCUAGAUGACCAACAUUAGAUGAGGUGGUUUGUUGUAUUUUGUGUAUUAUUUAUUCUCUUUUUGUCCAUAGCAUCAGUUUUUGAGCGCGAGAGGUCACUUUGCUGGUUGAGCAGCUUCCUGCUGGAGCAAGAUUUUUGGUCACUGGGAAUCUUUGAAUGUAUAUUGUUUAUCAAUGGUUACUGAUGGUGUCAUUCAUUGGAAUAAACUUGUUUGAUCAUUGUCAUUGGAUAUGCAUAUUCUGAACGAACUUCUAACGGGUUAACCGUUAAAGUUUCUACAUCUUUCAUCUGUUAAUUUUUUUUCCCCUGUAGUGUGUAUUAUUCUAGUCUUUUAUUGUAUACAAAGAUCUUUUUUUA